AGGAGGAACUUACGGGAUAAUAGUCAUCCAAACAGCUUACUUGUUGCGUCUUUGCUGUGCACCAGCUUAAGUAGGCACGUAGCAUUUAUUGCCACAAUUUUACUUAAUUCUCGCCACCACUCCAUGAGAGAGAGCCCCCACAUACCACUGUAUUCCCCGCCACCAUGGAUGACGUCCCCGCCCCAACCCCUGCACCAGCACCGCCCGCCGCUGCCGCCCCCAGGGUCCCGUUUCACUGCAGUGAAUGUGGCAAGAGCUUCCGCUACCGCUCAGACCUGCGGCGCCACUUUGCCCGGCACACAGCGCUCAAGCCCCACGCAUGUCCGCGCUGCGGCAAGGGUUUCAAGCACAGCUUCAACCUAGCCAACCACCUGCGCUCGCACACCGGGGAGCGGCCCUACCGCUGCUCUGCCUGCCCCAAGGGGUUCCGCGACUCCACCGGCCUGCUGCACCACCAGGCUUUCCGGAUCCAGGGAACAAGAUGUGUACUUUCAAGGAAGCAAAGCAGGCUUUGGAGGAACUGGAGGAAGGCCAAUGUGACUGGAGCAUGGAGAAGCAGAAAGUGUGGCUCAGGAGAAGUCUGGAGAGUGCCGGACCCUGGAAAUACAGCUGUCGUCCACACUGGUGAGAAACCCUACUGCUGCCUGGUCUGCGAGCUCCGCUUCUCCUCACGCUCCAGCCUGGGCCGCCACCUCAAGCGCCAGCACCGUGGGGUUCUCCCCUCUCCCCUGCAGCCCGGCCCUGGCCUGCCCGCCUUGAGUGCGCCCUGCUCCGUCUGCUGCAAUGUGGGGCCCUGCUCGGUGUGCGGGGGCUCAGGGGCCGGCGGCGGAGAGGGCCCCGAGGGGGCAGGCGCGGGUCUGGGCAGCUGGGGGCUGGCAGAGGCGGCAGCUGCGGCCGCGGCCUCCUUGCCCCCAUUUGCGUGCGGCGCCUGCGCGCGGCGCUUCGACCACGGCCGCGAGCUGGCGGCCCACUGGGCGGCGCACACCGACGUGAAGCCCUUCAAGUGCCCGCGCUGCGAGCGCGACUUCAACGCGCCCGCGCUGCUGGAGCGGCACAAGCUGACGCACGACCUGCAGGGCCCGGGCGCGCCCCCAGCGCAGGCCUGGGCCGCGGGGCCAGGCGCAGGGCCCGAGACGGCGGGCGAAGGCACCGCUGCGGAGGCUGGCGACACUCCUCUGGCUUCGGACCGCAGGCUGCUCCUGGGCCCCGCGGGGGGCGGCGUGCCCAAGCUCGGGGGGCUGCUCCCCGAGGGCGGUGGGGAGGCGCCUGCACCUGCGGCGGCCGCCGAGCCCUCGGAAGACACCCUGUACCAGUGCGACUGCGGGACCUUCUUUGCGUCGGCCGCGGCCCUGGCCAGUCACCUGGAGGCCCACUCGGGCCCGGCCACCUACGGCUGCGGCCACUGCGGGGCUCUGUACGCGGCGCUGGCCGCCUUGGAGGAGCACCGGCGGGUCAGCCACGGUGAGGGCGGCGGGGAGGAGGCGGCGGCCGCGGCCCGGGAAAGGGAACCGGCGUCCGGGGAACCACCGUCUGGCUCCGGCCGCGGCAAGAAGAUCUUCGGCUGCUCCGAGUGCGAGAAGCUGUUCCGCUCGCCGCGAGACCUGGAGCGGCACGUGCUGGUGCACACUGGCGAGAAGCCGUUCCCGUGCCUGGAGUGCGGCAAGUUCUUCCGCCACGAGUGCUACCUCAAGCGCCACCGGCUGCUGCACGGCACCGAGCGGCCCUUCCCUUGCCACAUCUGCGGCAAGGGCUUCAUCACGCUCAGCAACCUCUCCAGGCACCUGAAGCUGCACCGGGGCAUGGACUGACUGCCAGGCUGCGUGCGCCCUGCCCUCCACCCAGCCACCUGGACUCGGCCUGGACCAGGGGACCUCGGGACUGCGCGUGAGGCCCCGGCCCUCCAAAUCCAAAUCCAGACGCAGGCCCUGAAAUGAGGGGACCCUGACUGGAGAGGUGGGGGCCACCAAAAACCCACAAAGGCCCCGGAGCUGGGGGACCACAAACAAACAGGGUCCUUAGCUGGGGCAGGGGAGCCCAAAUCUAGGGAGAGACUCCUGAGCCUGAGGUCCCUGGAAUGAGUGUGGGUAGCCCUAAGUCCCCAAGACAUGGGGACUUUGCAGUGAGCAAUGGGUCUCCACAAGUACCUCUCAUCUUGAGAGCCCUAAUAAUAAAAGAUGGGCACCCACCCCCACCAAGGGAAGACUGCCCCAUUCCUUGAGAGCCAUCAUUCCUAACGACCUUGAUCUGGAGAAUGUGGAGGGAGCAUGUCCCUGAAUUUUCCUAGAUCCCUCCAAAUGCCACCCACCAGAGUCACUGGUGACCCCAGAAAAUGGAUAUAGCCGAAAUCUGCCUUUCCCCUUUUUCAUUCCCUGUGCUGAAAGAGGGACCAGGGUAGAUGCCCCCUGCCCUCGAAUCCCCCCUCCCCGACUGUGGAAUGGAUCGGCCCUAACGAUCUUCCCCACCCCAAACACUAGAAUAGACUGACCUGAAAUCCCCUUGCCCAGUAGAAUGGACUGAUCUAUAUGCACAUACCCCCAUCACAUGGAAUGGGCUGGUCUAGGCUGUGGCCUGCCACCUUCCUUAGAGUGAAUAGGGCAGACACUCCUCUCUUUUCCUGUAGCGUGUGGACCGGUCCACGCAAUUCUUUAUCCUGUGAACUCAUCUGAGUGGGAGGUGGUGGACACUGGGGUUUCCCUCCCUCUCUCCGUAGCAUCCGUUGGUCUUUCUCUCCAUCUCUGUUGGUUUGUCUGUCUCUGUCUUCCUCCCAAUCCCUAGGGGAAGGGGGCACUUGGCUAGGGGGUGCCCCUGUGAGCCUCGACCUUGCCCCCUCGUCCCUCUCCCCAGUGUUUCCAGGACCCCCAAUAAACCUUGUCCUGUCAGUC